CAUCGUAAAAUAUAAAAAGUUUACAAAAAUUUUGCCAAAGAUGUCUACCGAAUUAGUUGAGAUUGCUUCUCAAGGGAUAAGCCGUACAAUGUCACAAGAUUCUGAAUAUGAUGAUGCUUUGGGAGUACCUGAUUCAUUAGAAAUAACAGUUGACGAAAAUGGCGAGACAAUACGAAUUCGUAAGGAAGACAUAGAAUGCACAGAUAAUAGAGAAACUCCUGGUGUAAUUCCUUUUACCGUUAUAUACAAUACAUCAAAAAAAUUCACAAGUCAAACUCGCAACGUAUUUAUUCCUGGUAAAGAAGUGCACGUAAAAAUCAUAGAUAACGAACGUAGUGUGACCACGCAUCCUUUGAAUCCAAAUCUGUAUACCAUAGAAUUUAGACAUGGACCUUUUAUUUGGACUAUUAAAAAGCGAUACAAACAUAUUCAAUACCUGCACAAUCAAUUGAAAAUAUAUCGUGCUAGUUUAAACAUACCUUUUCCUACAAAAAGCCAUAAGGAGAGGAGGAACAGUCUGAGAAGUUUUAGAACUGCAGAUGAGAAAAAGGGCAGAAGAAAUGCUUUACCAAGAUUUCCUAAUAAACCCGACAUUCUAGUACCUUAUGAGCAAUUAAAUCAUAGAAGAAAGGAAUUAGAGGAUUAUUUAAGUAACUUACUUAACAUAGAAAUUUACAGACGUCAUUCUGAAACUAUCAAUUUUUUGGAUAUUUCACAUUUGUCUUUCGUGGCUGACUUAGGAAUGAAAGGAAAGGAAGGUACAAUUUUGAAACGAACGGGAUCAGGUGCUAAAACGAGAUGUAAUUUCCUUGGUUUGUUUGAAUGUGGACUUUGUAUCAAGUGCAAUUAUCUUUGCACCUCUCUUUGUGGCAAGUGGCAGAAGAGGCAUCUUGUUGUUAAAGAAACCUUUGUUGCAUAUCUUAAUCCUCAAAAUGGAAGAAUAAAAUCGGUUAUCUUGAUGGAUAAUGGCUUUGGGAUCAGUCUUGGAGUAUAUACUACAGGUUCACGAAGCGGCAUGCAAAUUACUAAUCUCAGUAGACAUAUAGUUAUCAAGUGUUGGACAAAACGAAAAGCUAAGGAAUGGAUGGAAUUUAUACAGGAAGUUAGUAAUAAAGAAGGCAAAGAUUUUAUACAAACAAAUCCACAUAACUCAUUUGCUCCAUAUCGUUCACCUAUAUUUGCAACUUGGUUCGUGGAUGGAGCUGAUUAUAUGUCUGCUGUGGCUGAUGCAUUGGAAAAUGCCAAGGAAGAAAUUUUUAUUGCAGAUUGGUGGCUUUCACCAGAAAUUCACAUGAAAAGACCAAUGUCUAGUGGAGAUUAUUGGCGGUUGGAUAAAAUUUUACAAAGGAAAGCAAUUCAAGGUGUUAAAAUAUUCAUAUUAAUAUACAAAGAAAUUGAAGUCGCUUUAGGCAUAAAUAGUUACUACAGCAAACAGAGACUUGUAGAACAAUGUCCAGAAAAUAUAAAAAUAUUGAGACAUCCAGAUCAUGCAAGGGCAGGUGUGUUUCUUUGGGCUCAUCAUGAAAAGAUUGUAGUUAUUGAUCAGUCUCUAGCAUUUCUCGGUGGUAUUGAUUUAUGUUAUGGCAGAUGGGAUAACAAUGAACACAAAUUAACAGAUUUAGAAUCUAUUCAUCAAUCGAGUAUUUACAUUCCCUCAAGAGAUAAAUUAACUAAUACUAGCAGUAAAAAGGUAUUGAGCUGUACAAAAACACAUGUUUUAUUAUCAUUAGCAAUAGCAACGAAUACUAUCGCUAUGGCUACCACGAGAUCCAUGCCUUUAUUACCGAUAAUGGACGAAAAAACACAAAAGGAUUUAAUGUUAUCAACAUUAUCAACGGAUAAUUCACUUUUUAUGCUGCAAGAAAAAGGAGACGCAGUUAAGUGUAAUACACCUGAAAUGCAAAGGAAGAAUCUGUUCGAUGUCGCCAAAACAACUGUCGAUAAAAUGAAGAACACUGUGAAAGUGAAAAGACAGGAAUUAAUCAACAUGGUAUAUACUUCUCAUGAAGCGGAUACCGAUGAAAAAAUAGAAAACAAACUUGAUUUAUCGGUAUCUGAAGAUACAGUGGAUUAUAACUGCAGUUUACAACCCACAACAAAAUUGUGGCUAGGUAAAGACUACACAAAUUUUAUUGUCAAAGAUUUUAACGAUCUUGAGAGGCCCUAUCAGGAUUUGGUAGAUAGAACUACUACUCCUAGGAUGCCCUGGCACGACAUAGGAGUUUUAGUGCAAAAUGCUGCCGCUAGAGAUAUAGCUAGGCAUUUUAUACAGCGUUGGAAUGCCGUCAAGCUAGAAAAAGCAAAUCUAAAUUUGUGUUAUCCUUACUUAUUACCGAAAUCAUACGAAGACUGUAAGAGCUAUGCUCCGUUCAUUAAAGAGGCAAAUAAGCAUAAUGUCAAGUGUCAAGUACUGCGUUCGGUGAGUUCUUGGUCUGCUGGCUUUCUCGAUCCAGAAACUGUAGAGCGAAGCAUACAAGAAGCUUACAUCCAGGCUAUUAGUGAAGCGGAAAGGUAUAUAUAUAUAGAAAAUCAAUUUUUUAUAACACUUGCCUCCAUGGACAAAGGUGGUGUGAAGAAUCAAAUUGGUGAAACAUUAUUCAAAAGAAUCCUAAGAGCGCACAGAGAAGGCGCGGUGUUUAGGGUAUUUGUCGUAAUGCCGUUGUUGCCGGGUUUCGAAGGAGAAGUCGGAGGACCAAGUGGCACGGCAUUGCGAGCGAUAACUCAUUGGAAUUAUAAUUCUAUAUCAAGGGGAAAAGAUGCUAUUCUAAAUCAAUUAUUGGAGGCAGGUGUAAAAGAUCCCAGCGAGUAUAUCACAUUUCAUGGUUUGAGAACUCAUUCUAUGUUAAAUGGUACGAUGGUAACGGAGCUUAUCUAUGUUCAUAGUAAGCUAAUGAUAGUAGAUGACAACACAGUAAUCUGUGGGUCAGCUAAUAUAAAUGAUAGAAGUAUGAUUGCUACAAGGGAUAGCGAAAUAGCCGUAAUAAUUCAUGACCAGGAAUUUGAGGAUGGACGCAUGAAUAGUAUACCUUUUCCUUGUGGCAAAUUUGCUUCUUCUUUGAGAAAACAAUUAUUCCGCGAACAUCUAGGACUAUUGAAUACUAAAGAAGACAUUAAUAUCGAUGACAUCAUUAUAAAAUCAUUCUACAAGGACAUAUGGUGCGCUAGAAGCAAACGAAAUACAGAGUUAUAUGAAGAAGUAUUUCACUGUAUUCCUACAGAUAAAGUAGUCAAUUUUGCUAUAUUGAAACAAUAUCAAGAAAAAAUAUCUCUCUCCAUAUCUGAUCCAUUAUUAGCACAAGAAAUAGUGGAGAGUAUAAAGGGGCACUUGGUCGACUUGCCACUAAGGUUCUUAUGCAAUGAAGAUUUAAAACCUGCUGCUGGGACAGUAGAAGGUAUGAUGCCAACUGCGUUGUGGAUAUAAGUUUGCACUUUGACAAAUAAAUGUUUUUGAAAAUUCAUUGCAAUUCAGCUCAAAUUUUAAUAAUAAAAAUUAUUAUUUGUUUUACAAUACAAACAGGGUAUGCAAAAGAUAAUUCUUAUGUUUU